AUGUUGAUCAUCCACAGAGCGGGUUGUCAAGGUGGACAGCGAGGUCACGGGGUCGCCUGCGACAUCGACAGUAUUGAGGUGUCAGACCCGGGGGAGGAGUAUGUGAUGUCAUACAACCUAAGGGGGCUGGCCCUCAUCUUCAACCAGGAAUACUUCUCGCCAGAGCUCCGCCUCCCUCAUCGCCAUGGUACCAAAGCUGACAAGAACAACCUCUUGCGACGACUAGAGGAGCUAAGUUUUGCUGUGAGGCCAUAUGACAACCUGAACAGACAGGAGGUCCUGGCUGUCAUAAACGAUGCUGUGAACUGGAGCCAUACGGAGGCAGAUUGUUUCCUGUGUGUGUUUCUGAGCCACGGGGAGAAUGAGUGCGUGUUCGCUAGAGACGGCAAACUCUCCAUCCGAGACUUGACACACACCUUCAAAGGAGACCGCUGUCCUAGUCUGGUGUGCAAGCCCAAGAUCUUCAUCUUCCAGGCGUGUCGUGGGGAUAAACAUGACGAGCCAGUCAGUCCUAUAGUAGACGUGGUGGACUGUGAGGUUCACGCUAACCAGCUGGUUGUGGACGCUGGGACGGUACACACACUUCCUGCUGGAGCGGACUUCCUGAUGUGCUACUCUGUGGCCGAGGGUUAUUUCUCCCACAGAGAGACGUUGAAUGGAUCGUGGUACAUCCAGGACCUAUGUGAAGUGCUCCAGGAGUACGGAACGCGGCUGGAAAUCACAGAGAUGAUGACGCUAGUUAACCGCCGGGUGUCGCUGCGACGCGUAGAGAACUGUGCCGACCGCAACGCCAUCGGGAAGAAACAGGUCCCCUGCUAUACCUCUAUGCUCACAAAGAAACUUUACUUCAGAUCCAAGAAGCUCUGA